AUGCAUUCAUCGUUUUAUAUUUAUUCAACAUAUGCAUUAAUAUUUCAUGAUGAACGUGAUAAAGAUUUGGUAAUAUUUUUGAUACAUCAUUUGAUUGUCAUCUUGAUCAGUACAAUAUCGUAUGCAGUCGGUAAAACAUAUCUUACUUCAGCAGUUGGUUUUCUAUUGGAAUUAAAUGAAAUACUUAUGGCAAUGAAAAUCAUAUUCAAACUACAGUUUCAAUUCAUACAAAAAAAUGGUGAAAAAUUACGUUUAGUAUUUUUGCCGGUAUUCACCAUUACAUUUGUUCAUACUCGUUUAUUUAUUUAUCCAUAUAUUGUAUUGGAAUGUCUACAAUUUUUAAAACAAUCAUUGGGUAAAAGUGAAUGGGAUGCCAUUUAUUUAUCGAUAUAUUUUUUCUAUUUUAUGAUCUAUAUUAUGAAUUUUUAUUGGACAUUGCUUGUAAUUCGUGCGACUGUUUAUGCGUUUCGAAAUGGUUUGGCAAAUUUAGAAGAUAGAAGAGGAUAA